AUGCCUCCCAAGAAGAAGGAGUCGCACGCCAAGCGCAUGGCCGCGCAGAUGAAGAAGCGCCAGGAGGGUAACAAGACGAGCGGCGUGCGCGAGGCCGCGCAGGUUGCCAACAAGAGCGACGGUCGCAUCGACGCGCGCGAGGGGAUGGCCACCACCGUGUUCACCGUCGAGUCCCUCGGCCUCAAGAGCACCUACACCGGGCCGACGAAGAAGAAGGGCAAGGGCAAACAGGGGACGUACAGGCGCGCGGCGACGACCGUUCUCGCGGGUGAGGCCAAGUACGACGUCGAGCGCAGGGUACGGGACGCGCGGCGCGCGCUUUGCUCGGAUCCCCCCGCGUUUGAGGAGAUGCGUUGCGCCGACUUUGACCUGACCCGCGGCGCGGUGACCUUGAUGCCCGCCAGGCCCAAGUGGGACUACGAGCUCAAGCGCGGUAAGCUCCACUCCCGCGAGCGCAAGGCGUUCGUCCGGUGGAUCUCCGGCGUGAAGAAUCGGCUGAGGGAGGAAGGGCGGGGGUACGCGCCCGCGUUUGAGCAGAACAUCGAGGUGUGGCGCCAGCUGUGGCGCGUCCUCGAGAGGGCCGACGUGGCCGUGCUCGUCGUGGACGCGCGGCACCCGCUGUUGCACACCCCGCCCGCGUUGUACGCCCACGUCGCCAGGAGGCUCCGCAAACCCCUCGUGCUCGUGCUGAACAAGGUGGACGCCAUUCCGAGGAGGGCGGCGGAGGAGUGGGGCCGGCACCUCCUCGCCGCGUUGCCGGGCGUGGACGACGUGGUGGGAUUCACGUCCAAGGACGGCGGCGGCGGGGCGGGCGGGCAGAAGGAGGUGAGGAAACGCAUAGGCAUGCCCGCGGAGGGUACGACGGGCGGCGCCAGGGAGAAAGUCUCGAGACGGGAGCUCGCUUUGGACUCGAAACUGGCGGAUGCGCACCUGCUCCUGCUCAGCGACGAUUCCGGAGACGACUCCGGAGCCGACUCUGACCCGUACGCGUCCGAAUCCGACGCCGAGGACGUCACGAACGGUGACGUCACCGGCGGUGACGUGAACCCCACGCCGUGGAGACUCCGCGUCGGAACCAACGCGCUGCUCCGCGUGUGCACGCGGCUCGCCGCUAAGGGUAAGCGGGUGGCGGUGAAAAAAGCAGAGGCGGCUGCGGAAGCCGCGGCGGCCGCCGCGGAGGAUGCCGCCGAGGAGGCCGAGGCCAAGGCGGCCGCGAGGGAGCAACCGAAGGAGGAGUACGAGGACCAGUACGGGGACUCCGACGAUGACGAGCACGACGACGAAGUGGCCGCCGCUGCGCUGCAGGCUGAGGAGGAGGAGGCGACCGCGGCUAAGGACGGGAGGGUCAUGAUCGGCUUGGUGGGCCACCCCAACGUGGGGAAAUCCUCGAUGGUGAACUACAUACUGGGGCGUAAAGCCGUCAGCGUCAAGGCCACCCCGGGACACACCAAGACGCUGCAGACGCUCAUCCUGGACGACGACACGUGCCUCUGCGACUCACCCGGCCUGGUGUUUCCCAGGAUAGACAUCGGCCUGGCGGAACAGAUCAUCGGCGGGUUGGUCCCGCUGCCGAUUGUGAGGGAGCCCUACAGCGCCGUGCGCUGGCUCGCCGAGCUAAAGGAACGCACGGGCGCCAGGUGGUCGGCGAUGGCCGCGGAUAGCUCCAUGUCCCACCAGGACAAGGCCUUGGCCAACGCUCUCGCCGCGACGGUCGAUAAGGCUCUCAAGAUCCCCCAGGUCACAGAGUUUGACCCGGAGAUUUUACAAAUCACGGGCGCGGAGGAUGUCUUAAACGAGACGCUCCCGUGGUCCCCGAUGUCGCUCCUGCACCAGUACGCCAAAGUGCGGGGUUUCGCGCACAGGGGCGGCGACCCCGACGAGCACACCGCCGGCAACACGGUGCUAUCCCUGGUCCUCGAAGGCAGGCUCCCCUACGCGGUGCCGCCCCCCGAGGGUGAGCCCGUUAUAGGCGUUCACGUCGGCGCCGACGGCCGACCGGUGACCCACGCGUUCGACAAGUACGCCGACUCGGAAGCCGCGGUGGGUGGUGCGGGCGGUGACGUGUCCGACGAGGACAUUCCCGACGACGACGACGACGACGACGACGACGACGAGGACCAGGUGAUUAACCCGUUUCGGCUGCUGGGUAUCGACGCCGAGGGGGAAUCGCAGUACGGGUCUGGCGACAUCGACGACGGCGGCGCGGGUCGGUUCAAGAUGAAGGGACUGGACGGGAAGGGCGCGGCCGCGAGCUACUUCGGGCGGGGCGGCGGUGGGGGCAUGGCGUCGAUGUUUCUCACGGAGGAUGACCUCAAGGAGAGCAAGAAGGGGACGCGCACGAAGAAGGGGCGAUAG